GCCAAAAUGAAGUUUAAUCCAUUCGUGACCUCAGACCGAAACAAGAACCGCAAGAGACACUUCAAUGCACCCUCACAUAUCCAGCACAAGAUCAAGUCGUCCCCACUCUCCAAGGAGCUGAGGCAGAAAUACUCAAUGCCCAUGAGGAAGGACGACUUGGAUCAGGUGGUUUGUGGACACUACAAAGGUCAGCAAAUUGGCAAGGUAGUACAGGUUUACAGAAAGAAAUGCAUCAUCUACAUUGAGGGUGUGCAGCAUGAGAAAGCUAAUGGCAAAACUGUCCAUGUGGGCAUUCACCCUAGUAAGGUAGUUAUCACCAGACUAAAGCUGGAUAAAGAGAGAAAAAAAAUUCUUGAGAGUAAAGCCAAAUCCCGACAAGUUGGAAAGGAGAAGGGCAAAUAUAAAGAAGGAACCAUUGAAAAGAUGCAAGAAUAA